AACCUUCACCCGUUAAUAGUUUGGUUUCACAUAAAACGUCCGUCCACGCGAGUGGUGUAAAUCAUUUUCGCACAUACCGGCCGGCCGUGCACACAAAUCUUAUCUGGAAAUAACUGAAGAAUAAAUAAACAACGUGGUGACGUAGGGUAGGUUGCGAAAAACACAAUCCACCGGCAUGAACCGCGACAGUACCUUCGGCCAGAACAAAGCUGCCAGUCCGAUUCUGAAGGCAUCGCUGCUGUCGCGAUUAACUUUCUGGUGGCUGUGGGAUCUUUUCCGGGCAGGAGAGCGGAAAGCAAUCACCGAAGAUUCCCUGUACGCUACCGUGCCGAAUCUCAAAAGUCAACCCCUGUGGGAGCGAAUUGACCGACUAUGGAGGGACGAGCUAAAACGGGCUCGCCCCAGUCUGGUGCGGGCCAUAUUCCGGGCCUACGGAAAAACCGUGAUCGUUUGGGCUUUCCUGCUGUCCAUUGUUGAGACAGCUAUCCGCUUGGGUCAGCCCUAUUUGCUCGGCCUGGUGGUGUCUUACUUUACCCAAGGUCAGACAGAAAUUAGUAAACGAGAAGCAUGCUACUAUGCUGCUGGAGUCAUUCUUUGCUCACUGAUUCCGCCGUUUACGUUUAAUCCGUACUAUUUGUUAAUGUUUAGGCUUGGCACUAGUACCCGCAUUAGUUGUUCCUGUUUGAUAUAUAAUAAGUUACUGAAAUUAACCAAAUCCGUAGCCGCAAACGAUGGUCUAACGGGGAAAAUCAUGAAUCUACUGUCCAGCGAUGUAGGAAUUUUGGAUGAUACUUUCUACACACUACACGAUCUCUGGAAGCCUCUGCUAGAAUGUGUCCUGGUAGGAUUCCUAAUUUACCGAGAGCUUGGAAGUGCAGGUCUUCUCGGGAUGAUACUUAUACUCAGUGUUAUUCCACUUCAAGCUUGGAACAGUAACCGGGCGGCGGCGUGCGCCGAGAAAGCCUCCAAACGGACGGACAGUCGGGUUCGAUUCAUGAACGAAAUCAUCCAGGGCAUACAGGUGAUCAAGAUGUACGCGUGGGAAAGUUCUUUUGCCAAGCUGGUUCGGAACAUUCGUCGCAAAGAGAUUGACGCCAUCCGCGGGGAAGCGUACGUCAACGGGACGACGAUGGCAUUCAACGUGCUGUCCCACGUGGCCGUUUUCGUUAGUUUGGUUAGCUUCAGCUACGGCGGUAAUGCCAUCACUGCUCGAAAAGUGUUUACUGCGAUCGGUUACUUCGAUACACUGAAGGAGUCUAUGUUGUUCUUUUUGCCAAUGGCGAUUACGACCAGCAUUCGGGGGUUUGUUUCUGCCAAAAGAAUACAGGAAUUUCUACUAAUGCCAGAGGGAAAGAUGAAGUCAGCGGAAGUUGCCUUUGAUCAUGGUGGAGAAAAGGAAGAAGUGGAAACUUUAUUGACCACCGGGCGGAUUGUCGACGUGAAUAGUGCGAAUAAAGGGGUCUUUUUGGAUGGUGUUACCGCUCACUGGACUGUAAAUGAAGAGGAGUCAAAUGUUGGAGUGACUGCGGUUUCGACGUCUGUCGAGAGAGGUAAAUUGUGCGUCGUGAUUGGACCUGUAGGGUCAGGAAAGUCAUCACUGUUACAAGUUAUACUGGGAGAGUUGCAGGUAGAUGAAGGAUCAGUACAGGUCAAUGGCACUUUAAGUUAUGCCGCGCAAGAACCUUGGCUCUUCGAAGACAGCAUUCGUAAUAAUAUUCUCUUCACAGAAGAGUAUGACGAACGGCGGUAUUUGGAAGUGGUAAGAAUAUGUGCCUUGGAGCGAGACUUCCAGCUGUGGCCACAUGGAGACCAGACGAUAGUUGGAGAGCGGGGCAUAAGCCUUAGCGGAGGACAGAAAGCGAGAGUCAACUUGGCGCGUGCUGUCUACAGGAAAAGCGAUAUCUACCUGUUGGAUGAUCCACUUUCGGCUGUCGAUUCUCACGUCGGAAAACACAUCUAUGAAAUGUGCAUUCGUGAUUUCCUGGCCGACAAAGUAUGCAUUCUGGUCACCCAUCAAUUACAGUAUUUGAAAAAUGUUGAACAUGUUAUACUAAUGCAAAAUGGCUUGGUUGAGAACCAAGGUACAUUCCGGCAGAUAAGCAAAAACAACUUGGAUGCCAUUUUGACUCUGACUCCAGAUGAAUGUUCAUCCGAAAAUAAGUUUGAUCGAGAGUUUCAGAAAUUUACCGCUCACAGUGAACAAAUGAAUUUGGGCCAACGAAAACAAGAAUCCGAGAAGGAGAACCAGGAACAGGGAACCGUCAAUAUGUCAGUAUACAUGACCUACAUCCGGGCAAUCGACAGCUUUGGCUUAACCUUAGGGUUGUUGAUGGUGAUGGUAUUAGCUUUAGUUGCAUUAAGUUCCGUCGACUACUUCAUCGCCAUGUGGGUUAACUGGGAGGAAUCUGUUGCUCUACAAGUCAGCGCACCGGAACCAGCACACCACAACGUAAGUCUUGAUGUACAAAUCGAAAUCAAUCACAGCGAAGCAAGACAACAUUACAUCCUAACUUACGUUAUUUUGGUUGUCCUCUACGUGUAUUUGGUCUUCCAACGAACAUUUUCUUUCUAUAAUGUUUGCCUGCGGAUUUCGAUGAACUUGCACGAUCGGAUGUUCCGCGGAAUAACUCGUGCCACUAUGCAAUUUUUCAACAACAAUCCUUCCGGACGAAUUCUCAACCGAUUUGCCGGCGAUAUUGGAACUAUCGAUUCCCAUUUACCACAAACGCUUCUCGAUUGUUUACUGAUGGUUUUCAGUUUAAUCUCCUCGAUAACGCUGAUUAUGACGGUAAGCUAUUGGUUUUUGCUGCCAACGGUGCUAGGAUCUCUGAUUAUGUACUACUGCCGGACUGUCUACCUUCGAACGUCACGCGUUGUGAAACGUAUCGAAGCAGCGAAUCGAUCACCGAUCUACUCGCACACAAGUGCCACUCUGCAGGGUCUGUCGACUAUUCGGGCUUUCGAAGCGCAAGCAAUGCUCAGCAAAGAGUUCAAAGCGUACAUGGAUCUCAACACCUCGGCUUGGGACAUUUACAACGUAACCUCGACGGCGUUUGGCUUUUGGUUGGAUAUGAUACGGGUCAUAUACAUUGCCGUCGUAACAAUGAGCUUCCUGCUAACAUUCCUGAUUGGACAACAGGAUGUGCCCGGUGGCAGUAUCGGGCUGGCACUUACGCAAAUUAUCGGUUUGAUGAGCCUUUGCCAGUGGGGAGUGAGGCAAACAGCAGAGCUGGAAAACCAGAUGAUCUCGGUGGAACGCGUUCAUGAGUAUGCAAAUUUGAAAGCCGAGCCAACGACGGAAAUAACCUCAGCGAGUAAACCGUCUAAGCAUUGGCCUGAAAAGGGCGAGAUAAAAUUCAGUGACGUCAAUCUUAGCUACUCCGACAAUGGAGACAAGGUUCUGAAAGAUUUGAACUUUUUGGUGCGGCCACAGGAGAAAAUUGGAAUCGUUGGUAGAACCGGAGCUGGCAAGUCUUCGUUGAUUCAAGCAAUUUUUCGACUGUCUCCGUACGAUGGUAAAAUUGAAAUCGACGGGCUGGAUUCGAAGGCGCUUGAUUUGCAGGUUUUGCGGAGCAACAUUUCAAUCAUUCCGCAAGAUCCGGUUCUAUUUUCAGGAACCCUGCGACUCAAUUUGGAUCCGUUCGAGGAAAAAAGCGAUAAAGACCUGUGGAAUGCGUUGGAGGAGGUCGAGUUGAAAGAGGUAGUUUUGGCCAUGCCUGAUCAAUUAGAGUGCAAAAUGGCGGAUGGUGGAAGUAACUUUAGUAUGGGCCAAAGACAGCUCGUCUGUCUGGCGAGGGCAAUCCUUAAAAAGAACAGAAUACUGGUGUUGGAUGAAGCCACCGCGAACGUCGACCCACAGACGGACAAACUAAUACAGACUACGAUCAGAAAUAAAUUUGCCGAAUGUACGGUACUAACUAUAGCUCAUCGACUGCACACGGUUAUGGAUAGUGAUCGGGUGCUGGUCAUGGAUGCUGGACGAGUUGUGGAGUUCGAUCAUCCACACAAACUUCUGAGCAACACUAGUGGGCAUCUACGGAAACUAGUCGACCAAACGGGAGCUUCCAUGGCUGCUUCACUCAUACGGAUAGCGGAGGAAAAUCACAAAAAGAUUAAAUAAGAUCGGGAUCGGAGAAGCCAAACCAGUUGUGGUGAAUGUACCUGAGUAUAAAUGUAAAUUGAAACCAUGAUUCAUUUACUGUGAAUAGUAAAAUCGAAUACAAA